UAUGUACACUGUUUCCAUUGGUUACAGGGAUGGAGACAAGGGCAACAUCCUUGACAACCUGCUGUCCCGGAUGGAGCAGUACGCCAACAACUUGGAGGCCCUGGUAGCGGAGAGGACGUCUGACUACCUGGAGGAGAAGCGGAAGGCGGAGGAUCUACUGUACUCCAUGCUGCCGAAGUCAGUUGCUGGUCAGCUGAUUCGCGGCGAGUCGGUGACAGCAGAGGCGUUCGAAUGCGUCACUAUCUACUUCAGCGACAUCGUCGGCUUCACUGCUAUGUCAGCGGAGAGCACUCCUAUGCAGAUAGUUGAUUUCCUGAAUGACCUGUACACGACGUUUGACUCCAUCAUAGAAAACUUCGACGUGUAUAAGGUGGAGACGAUAGGCGACGCCUACAUGGUAGUAUCGGGUAUGCCAGUACCAAACGGGAACCUGCACGCCAGGGAAAUCGCCAGAAUGUCUCUUGCACUGCUAAAUGCUAUAAAACACUUCCGUAUCCGCCACAGACCCGAGGAGCACCUGAAGCUACGGAUAGGCAUACAUACAGGUGGUGUAUGUGCUGGGGUGGUAGGCCUCAAGAUGCCAAGGUACUGUCUGUUUGGAGACACCGUCAACACCACGUCGAGGAUGGAGUCGAACGGUCUACCUUUGAAGAUCCACUUAAGCCAACAAACCAAAGACGUGCUGGACCAUUUCCGAACCUUUGAGGUGGAGCUCCGGGGACAAGUGGAGAUGAAAGGGAAGGGAGCACAGACAACCUACUGGCUGGUUGGGGAGACGCCAACAUCCUCAUCCUCCUGACCUGCAUCCCAUCGUUAGAGCCACUGUUACAUACCAUGUUCUCUAUAGCGCUGCGUUCACACUCAAGGAGACUCCGCUGUGGGCAAUGGUUUGAAACCUCAAGGAUCAUGUUUAAGUUGGUACUGGGUAUUUCAGAAACAGAUGGUAU